AUGGAAGGUCUGAAUAGUAUGAUUAAGAAGGCAAAUCGGGAUAGGUUGAUAAGGGAUUUCAAGGCAGUGAAUAAUGUCAGUAGCAAUCUAGAGAUUACUCAUCUACUUUAUGCGGAUGAUUCUUUGGUGUUCUGUGAUGCUAAAGAAGAGCAAGUGUACACAAUUAAUGAGGUCACCAACAUUCAAAGAUUGGCAGGGGUGCUAGGUUGUCAAGUGAGAAAUCUCCCAACAACAUAUUUGUGGAUGCCCUUGAGAGCAAAAAAUAGAUCCCAGGAAUUAUGGAAUGAGGUGUUGGAGAGGUGUGAAAAGAAACUUGCUAUAUGGAAAGGAAAUUAUCUUUCUCUUGGAUGGAGGAUUACUUUAGUCAAUAGUGUACUAGAUGUUCUUCCUACUUACAUGAUGUCUCUUUUCCCAAUUCCUGUAAAAGUUGAGAUAAGAGUGGAUGCUUUAAGGAGGAAAUUCAUAUGGCAAGGGAAAAAGGAGAAGAAGGCCUACAAUUUGUGGCUAUGGAGAUUUUCUCUGGAGGAUCAAGCUUUAUGGAGAAAGGUUAUCUGUGAAAAAUAUGGGGCAGAUGGAAGGUGGUGUACAGCAGGAGCUUCUAGACCCUAUGGUGUAAGUGUAUGGAAGUCAAUUAGAAAUUUAUGGCCAGGAUUUAUCAGCAAUGUUAGAAACAAAGUGGGGAAUGACAAUAAAACUUCUUUCUGGAAUGAUGAUUGGAUUGGUAAUGGACCUCUUAAAGAGGUUUUUCCAUAUUUGUUCACUAUAGUGCAACAACCGCAAACUACUGUGGCUGAGGUAUGGAGUAUGCAGGGGUGGAAUGUUACAUUCAGAAGGUUCCUCAAUGACUGGGAGGUUACGAGAGUGAUUGAAUUCUACAAAUUGUUGGAUGGCUUUAAGGGCAUCACAGAAGAAGAGGACAUGCUUAUAUGGAAAGAAACAACGGAGGAGUAUAUACUGUAA